AUGCGACUUGGCAACAGCGCAGGCGACCACCGGCACCGGCACGUUAAUCGCGACUUCUUCCAGUCGCACUUGAAUGCCCGAUGGUCUCGAUCCGUGACAUGGCGUAAGCGCAACGACCACCGACCUGUUUUCCAGAAGAAGAGACAUGUUUCUUGCGUUCUCAUCCAACGCCGUUUUCGCUCCGUUUUAGCGUGUAAACGAGUGCCGUUUUCGUUUUUGUUUUUGUGUGUGGACGGCCCGAAUGUAACCAGCGAAGCAGGUCACCUGAUCAAAGAGCACUCAGCACAGCGCGUGAAGGGCAUUGGCGCCGUCGUCGAAGAAAGUGGCGACGACGGCGGCAAAAGCGCCAGCGACUUGCUGCAGCUGGUCCGCCACCUCUCCCACACCAACACCUCCGCCACCGCUUCGAAGGAACCCGACGAUGUGAACAUGGGGGCCAACGUAAGCCGGCACUCGGUGAAGGGGUUGUCAGGCCGCCGCUCCCAGUCGAGCGGCAGCAUCUGCAACGGGAGCGGCGGGAGCGGCAGCGGCAAGAGUUCGAGACAUCCUGACGGAAAGAUUUGCGGCAGUUUGCCGAACUACUUGGACGAACGCGAGAGGAACGGCGCUUGUAACAACAACCGUCACGAGAAGUCUUUGGAUGAGGUGAGAAAGAAAAUUUGAUUGAUUUUUUUGUGG